AUGUGGGGCGACGUGGUGGCGCUCGUCCGGCAGGGCCUGCGGUGGCGGCGGCGCAGGGGGAGGAGGUCUACGGCGCGGGUGGUGGACGAGAGCGCGCUCGGCCUCGGCGCCCACGGCGAUGCCGGCGCCGCCGCGGCGGUGGCGCCGAGCGUGGGCGGCGCCAUGGCCAGGGCGCUCCUGGCACUGGCGUGCGCCGUCCGCUUUGACGGCGAGGACCUGCCGACGGAGGAAGCCUGGGCGGCGAGCGUAUGGCGGCCACGGGCCGACGAGGUCAGCCACCUCAUGGUGCGUGAGAGCAUGCGCUAUGCCAUCUACGCGUAG